GAGUCUCCUUCUCCACCGGCUGAGCUGUGGAGCGGAGGGGACGGUGGUCCCGAGCUCCUGGUGGAGGGUGAGGGGCUCACACGUCGACUGCACCCCGAGGAAACGAAGAUAACGGACGGGAACGUGAAUGAGAGUUCCAUAAAUUCUACAGUCAAGAAGGAUAAGCUUUCUUACGGUUGCUAAUGAAGGAUGGCUACUCCAUAUGUUCCUGUUCCAAUACCUAUAGGAAGUUCUACUAGUUUUACCACGAAUAGAAACCAAAGAAGAUCAUCCCUUGGGAGCAUUUCAACAUGUUCCGAUUCUUCAAAAGCACAGCUAGAGGAAUCUUCUAUCAGUAGUUUUAAAAAGAGGAGUGUCCCUGAUGCAAUUGGUGCCAGUUCAUCUCCUUGCAAUAGUCCGCUUGUUAGGACUAAAUUUAUAGGUACAAACACAUCUAUGGAAUAUUGCAUUCAACCAUCGGAAGAUAGUGAGCAAAACAUAAACUCUGGGAGCUGGGAAGAUCGGCCUGCUACGCCUACGAUACUAGGUUAUGAGGUGAUGGAAGAGAGGGCAAAAUUCACUGUUUACAAAAUCCUUGUAAAGAAAAAUCCAGAGGAAAACUGGGUAGUUUUUAGAAGGUAUACAGACUUCUCCAGGCUUAAUGACAAGCUCAAAGAUAUGUUUCCUGGUUUCCGAUUGGCACUACCACCAAAGCGCUGGUUCAAGGAUAAUUACAAUCCUGAUUUUCUGGAAGAUAGACAGCUGGGACUCCAAGCAUUCUUACAGAAUUUAGUAGCUCACAAAGACAUUGCUAACUGUCUUGCAGUGAGGGAGUUCCUUUGUUUGGAUGAUCCACCAGGACCAUUUGAUAGCCUUGAAGAGAGUAGGGCUUUCUGCGAGACCCUAGAAGAAACAAACUACCGUCUGCAAAAGGAACUUGCUGAAAAGCAAAAAGAGGUGGAAGCUCUGAAAAAAAUGCUAAAUGAAAAAGAAGUGUACAUAGAUGCCAUAGAGAAACAAUUGGGGGAUUUAAAUUUAGGAAAAGUGAAGUCUCGUAAGUUGUCAGGACAAGAGAGUGAGUGCAGUGGAGAAGUGGAAUCCUCUGCAAUAGAGGCAGAUCAAGGAGCCCUGGAAGAAGACAACAGUUCUGAGAAAGAGAAUCGGGCAACAUCUUGGAGCGGUUCAUUGGCAGAAAAUCACGUGCCAGAAAUUGAAGUUGCUGAGGGUGUGAGGACAAAGAUCUCUGCAGGACUGUAUAAAACCAUCUGGGGCAAAUAAACCUUUGGACAUCACAACA